GUACCUCAGGGGACUAAAUACUUACUGGACGCCAAUGGAAAUGUUUGUACUUGUUCCAGGUCCAAAAAGUCAGGUAUUGUUAUUGUUGGCUGGGACAAGCUGUAGCAAAUGGAUGGCUGGUUGGAUAUUGUAUGUUUUCAAACAAUGAAUUGUACCCCUAAAAGUACAAGAACCACAUCCUGCAUACAAAAGGUAAUAACAAAGGGACCUAAACAGUGAAAGAGUCUCGUCCCCCAACCACAGGGUUGGUACUUUUUCCAGAACCGAAUGUCAGGGUUACACAAGUAGGACAAGCUAUCGUAGUCUUCCUGAGUGUUGAGUCAUAUAUGAUGAUGAUGUGCGGCCUCUGCCAGUCCCAUACAGGAAGUGAGUCCUCGUCCAAUAGCAGGAAGGAGAUGCUCCCCAAACCCAUCACCAUAGUGACCAGCGAGUCAUCCACCACCUGCUUCGUGCGGACCGAGGAGUUCAGUUUCGGAUCCGGCGGAACCAUGCAGACGCCUGCUCAGAUCCACACCAGGCCGGGACAGCAAAUGACCACUCCAUUAAAUCCCCUGGCUCCGCUGCCGCCUGCUCCACCCUCCCCUCCGGCCUCGUCGCCUCUGUCCCCCCUCUCGCCUACCAUCUCGCUGCUGGAGGAGGGGGACCUGCGCAGCGUGGAUCCCUGCAAGGACCUGUGGGGGUCCAGAGGGUACGAGGACUACCGGCGAGCCGGAGCCUCCAGGACUAUGGUCGGGGGGCUGACCGGGGGCGUGGUGGUAGAGAGCGGGGGGAGUCAUCAGGACAAGACGGAGUUGUGCGUGGUCCGCUUCGAGAAGGAAGCGGGGACGGCGGGCUGCGAGGUGACCGUGAGUUUGGACAGCAAGGCCGCCCAGCGUCUGUCCUCCUCCUCGCCCACCUGCAUGUCCAUCCCCAACGCUGUGUCCGGCGUGUCCUCAGGGGCCGGCUCCCCCCAGGAGACCGGCAAAGGCUCCCCUUCGCCCUGCUGCAUACACACCUCCUUGGCAACGCCUCGGUCGCGGACUCGUAAGAGGGGAGGAGGAGACCCCGGGGCCAUCUCUCCCGACGACGACAGCCCGUGUCCACAGGCGUCGUCGUCGUGCUCGUCCCGCUGCGUGUACUGCCGCUCCGUGUUCAGCGCCUCGGAAAACGGGCGGGGCCGCUGCAGGGACGCCCCGGACCCGGCCCUGCACUGCCUGCGCCAGUGGACAUGCGUGUGGUGCGCAGAGAGCCUGCUCUACCACUGCAUGUCGGACUCCGAGGGGGAGUUCUGGGAGCCGUGCUCGUGCGAUGACUCCCUGGGGGGCCACCCGCACCCCCUCUGCUGCGCCCGCUGGUUGGCCCUCGUGGCCCUGUCGCUCUUCGUGCCCUGCAUGUGCUGCUACCUGCCUCUGCGCGCCUGCCUGCGCUGCGGCGAGAGGUGUGGCUGCUGCGGGGGAAAGCACAAGGCGGUCCGGUGAGACCGGGCUCGGGUCGGGAGGACUCUCUCGGCGAGGGUGCGUAGCCCGGAAGCCCCUCAACUGCAUUCCGCUCCCUCUUCUCAACCCGGGGCCUUCUAGACUCGUCCACGCCCGCCGAGGAGGCCGCUCGGCCCGGGUUCUGUGGCGCCGCACGGAGCCUUGGACCCCGCUGAUGUAGAAUUAGCGAGCAACGCAAAGGACCAGGGUGGGUCACCAUGAUGUGCUCCUUUAGACAAACAAAGAUGGUCGGUCUAUUUUAGUACACGUCAGACACGCUACCACACACACGGGAGGGGAAACGCUUUCGUGUUCGCCUGCGUCAUCCGUGGUCAGAUGAGUCGCCCUUUACCUCCAAACUUUACCUCACGCCACACGUCCACGAGCUGGAGGAGGGACCAGAGGACAAUUACUAGCUGCAAUGACAACCGUGUAACUACGGGGAGUUCAAGGAAGUGAGAAGAAUCACCUUUUCAUCUCCCCCAAAGAAAAAACUAACCCUGCUAAUAAUCCCAGGAUAAAAAAAAGUGCAAUGUAGGAGUAUUUUUGUACGCCGAUGUCGGGCGAAAAGGGUCGCGUGCGAACUGGCAAGGGGCCGCGACAUUAGGUACGCCUGCAUGACAACGGCCGGUACAAAAACUAAAGAGGACAGGUCAGAGUAUUAGGAAGCGCUGGUGGGCCUCAUGAAGUGGCUUCUGAGGACGGAGUGGAAGUACUCCGCAAACAUCUUUUUACUCACGCCCAACCGUUCACAAACUAUUUUCUUCCAUUGAUAAAUUAUUUGCAAGUCAAAAAACAAAAUUUUCUUCAAUGAAAAAAACGAUUCACAAGUAAAAAAAAAAUUAUUUUCUUCAAGUACAAAACAUUCAUAAGUUAAAAAAAAAACUAAACAAUUUUCUUCAAAUAAAAAACUGUUCAACGGACGAUUCAAACACUUGAAAAAAAUCAAUUUACUUCAAAUAAAAACGAUUCAAAAACACAAUUUUCUUCCAUUAAAAACGAUUGCAGGUAAAAAAAAAAUAUUCAAUUAAAAACGAUUCAUUUGUAAAAAAAAAACACAAUUUUGUUAAAUUAAAAAACUAUUCAUAAGUUGAAAAAAUAAUUUUCUUCAAUUAAGAAAUGAUUUGUAAGCAAAAAAAACAAAAUUUUCUUCAAGUAAAAAACGAUUCAUAAGUAAAAAAAACUAACCAAUUUUCUUCAAAUAAAAAAAGAUUCAACGAACGAUUUAAACGAUUUAAAAAAACUGUUUACUUCAAAUAAAAAAAGAUUCACAAGUUAAAAAACAAUUUUUUUCCCAUUAAAAACAAUUUGCAAGUAAAAAAACUUAAUCAAUUAAAAUAGAUGCAUAAGUAAAAAAACACACAAUUUUUAUGAAUUAAAAAACGAUUCAUAAGUAAAAAAACCAAACAAUUUUCUUCCAUUAAGUAAAAAAAACAUUCAAUCAAAAACGAUUUUUAAGUUAAAAAAAAAAGUUCUUCAAAUACAAAAAUGAUUUGCAUGUGAAAAAAAUAAAUAUAUUUAAUUAAAAAACGAUUCAUAAGUGAAACAAAAGAAACAUUUUCUUCAAUUAAAACAUUAUUUGCAAGUUAAUUUUUUCCCCAUUAAAAAACAGUUAAUGAGUAAAAAUAACAGAACAGUUUUCUUUAAUUAAAAAAAUUAUUUGCAAGUGAAAAAAACACAUUUCUACUACUAAAAAACGAUUCAUAGGUAAAAAAAACUAUUUUUAUCAAGUAAAAAAAUUAUUCAUGAGUAAAAAAACAAAACAAUUUUAUUCAUAUAAAAAAACGAU